AUGUAAAAAAAGAGACUCAGAUAAUUACAGCUUGAUCAACCUAACACAAGAAAAUAAAGCUCUGCCUAUAGUAAAUUUUAUGAUGAAAAAUUCGUUCUUUAUAAAUAAAAAUAUGCAAACAGAACUAAAGAAGAAAUUAUCAAUUUGGUUAAUCUAGAGUGGAAAAAGAAAGAGAAACUAAAUUAAUAGAAGUACUUCUAACAUAAUGGGUUUGUCGAGAUAAAUGAUAAUAAUGAAAAAGUCCCUGUACCUUAACCUCCUCCACCAAUUAUGAUCAUGUUUUAUAAUUUAUAAUGUCUCAAAGUUUCCAAAAACAAAUGAAGUAGCAUCUUGAGAUUACCCACCCAGAGUAUAAUGGUAUUUAGAUUGAUCGUACAAUUAAAAUUGAAUGGGGUUCAAAUGCAGUCUUGAAAGAGAAAGCAGCCGAGGAAUAUAAAAAGUUGAGACAAGUUAAUUAGUAUAAAAUAUGUUUAGGAAUUUGAAAACCAAAAGAAAGAAUUUAUCAUUAAAUAUGGUUUCUGGCCAUAGUAUAAAAAGCACUAAGGUGAGUAAAUAUAAUAGAUCCCAUAAUCCAACUUGUAGGCAAAUCCAUUGGCUAACUUGCUCAAAAAAAAAGUUAAAUAAGAAUGAAAUUAAUCAAAAUGAGUUUAAUAAAAUACAACAAACUACUUGCAAU